CGGAUAUAAACUUAAUACCUUAUAUAAACAUUCUUGUAACCAACAUAAACAGUUGUUUACAAAGCGCGUUAUUUCAUCCUUCAGCGCGCAUGCCAUUUAGUGUAGAAAACGUGUAUAUUUGAUUGCUACACUUCUGUUUUAUGUGUGGAUUAAUCACGUGCUAGUCCCCCAGUAUUUAUAUCAUAAUAAUUUGGUAAAUUAAUUUUAUUACAUGUGUUAGAAAAAUAAGAAAAUUAAAAGGAAAAUGUCUCUAUAUAAAAUAUUUUUCUUAUGUAUUCUUCAACAUCUAUUUGUUAUAGAAGUUUUAAGUUCGUGGCACCAGGAAAUAACUUUAUCUACUGGGAUUGGAACGUUUAUUGGAAAUAUAGAUACGGUAACUUUUGAUGGAGACAGCAAACAUGUUCAACGUUACCUUGGUAUUCCAUACGCUAAACCUCCUGUAGGAGAACGAAGAUUUGCACGACCGGAGCCAUUUGGAACAUUUUCUGAUGUUUAUAACGCAACAUUCCAUAGACCACAUUGUAUACAGGUCAUACCGCCGUUUUAUAAACACCUGGAAGACAUGGUCAAAAGCGAAGAUUGUCUUUAUCUCAACAUAUAUGUUCCAGGUAAUACGACUUCGAAGAACAAUAGCUUGGCGGUUAUGUUGUAUAUUUAUGGAGGAAGUUUUGCUAUUGGAGGGGCUGAUAUUUAUUCUGGAGAUAUUCUAAGUGCAUUUAAUGAUGUCAUCGUUGUUACAAUCAACUAUAGACUAAAUGUUUUUGGAUUUCUAAGCAAUGGGACCAAAUCUUCAGGAAAUUAUGGAUUAUGGGAUAUGAGAAUGGCUAUUCAAUGGGUUCAUGAUCAUAUAAAUGAAUUUGGCGGGGACCCUACACGUGUUACACUCUUCGGAAAUUCUGCAGGUGGUGCAGCGGCUAUGUAUCAAGCUAUUUAUCCUCAGAACAAAGGUUUAUUUCAAAGAAUAGUUGCACAGAGUGGAACUGUUUUAUCUUUCUGGGCGUUUCAAAAGAAUCCUACCGAAGUAUUCGCCAGCUACAUCAAAGAUACAAAUUGCGAUUUAUCCGACUACGAUCAGAUAAUUGUUUGUCUCCGCAGUAAAUCUGUUAAACAGUUACAAACUGAUUCAUGGUCAUUUCUUCCAUCAGUUGAUAGAGACUUUUUACAUAAAGACCCUUCUAGCAUUCUCUUUGACGAUUCUUUUGAAGGAAAGUCUGCACAGAAGUUUUUUGCAGAAAUUGAUGUCAUCAUAGGUGUAGCUGGCAGUGACGGAGCGGUGAAUGUCCCUAUAUGGGAGGAAGAGUUGAAAGAAAAGCAAAUAGACAUAAAAACAGGGGUUCCUAGAAGUUAUUUUGAAAAUGUUAAAGUGCCAGAAAUAAUAACAACGGUGUUUGGCAAAACGUCUCCAAUGUUAACUGAAUCAGUAAUACACCAAUACACAGACUGGACACGACCAGAUGAUGCUUUGACGACAAGAAGAAAUAUGGUGGAUCUUGCCUCUGAUUCUGAAUUCUUUUUACCAGCAAUUAAUUCAAUCCAAAAACAUAGCGAUAUCGUGAUGAAAGGGCGUAAAUCGACAUCAUUCUUUUAUGUUUUUGACCAGAAGCCAAGCUUUGUUCCCUACCCAGACUGGCUGGAAGGUGCGACACAUACCAUGGAAGUGGCUUAUGUGUUUGGACUUCACGAAUCAUUGGAGCGUAAACUUGUUGACGACUUGGGUGGUGUUGACCCUUUCAAGGUCACUCAAGAUGACAUCAAGCUGUCAGCACAAAUGAUGACAUUGUGGAGUAACUUCGCUAAAAGCGGGGAUCCUAGUUCCCCUGUAACUGCUACAUCGUUUGAAUGGCCGCAAUACAACACUAACGAGCAGAAGUAUCUUAAUAUCGUAGUUAAAAUGACGUCACAGUCGGUGAAGCACCAUCUAGCGGCCACACGGAUAGCGUUUUGGCAAGAAUUAGCUCCCGUUCUGCAACGUUGUAAUACUGAACAAAUCACAUCAAAUGCACCAUAUAGUUCAGUUCAUUUUACAACAAGUGUUAGUGUGAUACUGUACCUAUGGAAACUGUUUUUUUGAACUGAUCAUACAUGCACAUCGUUAUAUAGACAUAAAUGAAUGACAAAUAUUUGUAAUAGACACAUAUAUUUUCAGAAGGAGACUGUGAAUGUUUACUUCUGACAUUUCUAGUGUUUUCCUUUUAGCCAAGGUCCGAUCGAUUUACGUAUAAAAUUCCUCCGUACACGAUUUAAAUAACAAUAUUUUACAUUUUCUAAGCUUACAAAUAUCUGUUUUUUUUGUUAACGGAUAAGAUAAUAUUAGAAUUACUUUGUUUUUUUACUAAAAUGAUAUUUUUCUGCCUUGCCAAUGGUCUAUACCGAUAAUUCCACAAAGAGCAUGAAAAAUAACAACUAAAAUACUUCACAUGUGAAAGGCACAUUAAGAAAAAUAACAUAAACGAACUUUUAUUAUCAUAACAGAAUGACAAUCGACAGAAAGUAAAUUUUUUGACACGUAUAUAUUCUGUUAAUAAAAACUUUCUUCAUGUUGACGCGCUGUAUUCAGUCUGUAUUGAAGUAUUCAAUUUCACUAUACUCCACAUAAUAUGAAACUUUAUCAUAAUGAUUAUGUGUACAUGAUAAAUUGUUAGGUAACAUUUAAACUACAUUAUCGUAUGUCAUGCCCUGCAUUUAGAUUGUAAUAAGUUUAAGCUGUU